AGAGAGCCUGAAAGCGGAGAGUGAGGACAAAAAUACGCUAGGAUUUGAACCUGAUUCUCUUUGUUUUUUACACACCCUCUCCACACUUCAAAGUUUCUAUCCGUAGCUCAGCACCAAAAAUAGACAUACACAGCCCCACUGUGUUUGUUAGUAAUAUUGCCCUUAGCUAGGUACAACAACUAUCUAGCUAGCUCUCCUCCUUCAUAAAAAGGCAGCCUCAUUCAACAAAAUUUCUCAUCUCUUGUAGUGAUUGUUUCUUUGAGACUUGUUCUAAACAAGGAAAACUAGCUACUCUCUAGCCAAGCGGAAAAUGAGUAAUUGCUUAGCCUCAGAAUGCAGUGAUGACUGUGAGUCUGGUUGGACUCUAUACUUGGAACAAUCUUUUCUUCCCCACCCAAAUCCUAAACAUAGAGGUAAUAGCACUGACUUUGUUGAUGCAAAGAGUACCUGUUUUUGUAGAAAAGGGAAAAGCACUAAAGAAGACUGCGAAGAAGACGAUGAGGGGGAGGGGGAGGAGGAGGAGGACUUGUCUAUGGUCUCCGAUGCAUCUUCUGGUCCUCCACAUUUCCAUGAAGAUGAAAGUCACUUCAACCACGAUAAUGACUUCUUUUAUCCAUCACCCAAGGAUACUACGUUGCUGAAUAAUGGUGCCAAUUAUAGCCAAAAAAUGAAAGAACAUAGACGUCACAAGCAGGAUCAACAAAUGCCUUCUUUUCUUGACGAUACUGCUAGCUCUCCAGCUUUCAACUUCUCCAUGCAGAAUAAUUCUGCUCUCUCCAACAACCAAGCUUCGAUGGAGAGUGUAUUGGAUUAUUCACAGGGUUUUUCAGCUACUCAUUUUCAGGGAAGAUCUGCAAAAUCAAGACCACUUUGGUUACAUACACCCUUCUCUAUCUGGAAACCAACUUCAAAAUAAUCAGAUGAGUAUGUUUCAUAAUAUUUAGUUCUAGCAAGACAUGGCAGUUAGAACAUCGUACAAUGUUUAAGCCAUAAAUGUAAUUUUCUUUUCCCUUUCUUUUCAAAAGUCGAAACUCAAAAGUUUGAUCAA